GUCUGUGAUCGCUAGAAUUUCCCCGUAUUUGCAUUGUUAAUUAAUUGAUUUUGGUUUAUUUAGUGAGAUACUACAUGCAUUAUGAUUACUUUACUACCCUGACCUAAAACUAAGAUAAUAAGUAGCAUACUUUGUGAGUAUUUUGGUAUUCGGUGACAUUUCAGUGAAGUGCCUAAUUUGAUCAUGGAGGCUAUAGCAAAACACGAUUUCUCUGCCACUGCUGAUGAUGAACUCAGUUUCAAGAAGAAUCAAGUUCUCAAAAUUCUAAACAUGGAGGACGAUAUGAAUUGGUAUAGAGCGGAAUUAGACGGAAAAGAAGGAUUAAUCCCUAGCAACUACAUACAAAUGAAGAAUCACAGUUGGUAUUAUGGAAGAAUCACAAGAGCAGAUGCUGAGAGACUAUUAGCCAAUAAACCAGAGGGUGGCUUCCUCAUACGGAUCAGUGAAUCUAGCCCUGGAGACUUCUCUCUAUCAGUCAAAUGUCCAGACGGAGUUCAACAUUUCAAAGUGCUGAGAGACGCGUCAAGCAAGUUCUUUCUGUGGGUGGUGAAGUUCAACUCCCUUAACGAGCUCGUGGACUAUCAUCGUACAGCGUCCGUCAGUCGCCUUCAGGACGUCAAGUUGAGGGAUGUCGUUCCUGAAGAGAUACUGGUGCAAGCGUUGUAUGACUUCACGCCGCAGGAGGCCGGAGAACUGGAGUUCAGGCGCGGUGACGUCAUCACGGUCACCGACCGCUCCGAUCAGCAUUGGUGGCAGGGUGAAAUAGCGCAUCGCCGCGGAUUAUUCCCAGCGUCUUACGUGACGGCCUACCAUUCAUAGUGCCUGCGCGCCACACGCCCUUGCCUCUCUACCGCUGAAUUGUGUUGUGUGCCGCCAUUACGUUAUUCUCCGCCGGCACCUGUCGCCAGUCACCCCGGCCGGGCCUUGCUAGGUAUAUCAUUAUCCACGCUUCAACACGCGACCUUCCAAUACAACACGAAACAAUACCAUGCAAUUCGCACCUGAGAGGAAAAUGUACACUUUUUUGUAUACCAUCUUUAAACAAAAGUGUGAACACGGAAUCUCGCUUUGUAUAUGAGAAAACGUUGUAGUUUUCUUUUUUAUUCGUUGUGUACAUGAAUUUUAAACCUAAAGAGGUCCAGCCAGGAGUAUUGUAUAAUGUAUUUUGACGAGUAUAUGGUGCUUCAUGUCCUACAGUUUGAUUACGCGUUUAAUUCAUUUCGUAAUAGUUUGUAAUCGUGUCGUCCAUUUACUAGUAUACUGCCUUGGUUUGCAAUAUUGUAACUUUUGGUAGUACAAAUUGAGUCUAACAUAAAUACUGUAUUCGUGUUCUUAUAUGUCGAAUUUAUUGAGUCCUCGUUUUAUUAUCGUGACAUCUGCAGGAUUAUGAGUUGUCCUCAAUUACGUGCCAGAUUGUAAUUUGUAGUUUUUUGAAAUAUGUUUAGUAAUAAAAGGUAAUAGGGAUCAAAUCAGUUUUUACUGAAAUUGCCCCGCAGUAUAGAUUUUUUUUAUAUGUGAUUUUUAAAGUAUGACCAUUAUAUUUUAUCCCUUUUAUUGUGUAAUGCUCAUAUUAAAAAUAUUUACCAUUUUACAUGUAGUUAGGAAAAUAGGUUUUAAGUUUUAUUUUACAUGUUUGGAUCUUAUUUUUUAUCGUACCUAAAUAUUCGAGAAAAAAUAUAUACCCCUGGUCACGUAGAGUAUAUUGAGUAUAAUAAUACAUUUAGCGUCCUCCAAAAGCUUAGCUAUCCGUAGAUAUAGGUUGAAAUCUUUAGGAUACGCACAUCUCAAUUAAGGUAUAUAUGCAAUACGCGUAAUAUCUAUUUUUAUUUUACUAUGUCGACGACGUGUUUGAUAGAUACGGGAUGUACAGCGAGGGAUUUUGAUAAUAUUUUUACGUAAUUAUACAAAAUAAUGUCGUGCUUUACUGCUUUUGGUGUAUUAAUUUGAUGAGGUUUUGUUACCCGUUUUAGUGUUUUUUUACUGAUUAAUGAAGGAGUACCUAACCACGAGGUCUAAAAGCUAAAAUAUUAAACGUAUAAAAUAAUAAUUCAAUUCUUAAAUUAAGAUGACGAUGUAGAUCGUAGCGGUCAUGUGAGCGUUGGUUGCUUCUUACGGGAUAGGCGAACGCACGCGAAAUAAUAUUUUUUCAAAAUAAUUAGAAUGUCUUUAUUUUCCGUUUCUGUACUUGACGAAAUCAUUAAUAACAUGAGACUUGUCUAAAUUUUGAAUGCAAUCUAGACGAUUCGAUUUGCCUUAAUUUUGAAUUGAUUCGCUUAAAAGUCGCAUUUAAAUUAAUCGAAUAAAAAAUCCCUAAAUCGUGUGCAAUUGAAUCGACCUUCAUAAAAAUCGAAUAGUAAUGUCCAUCCCUAGUUUACAUCUCGAGUUUUUAACUCUACAAGGUUGUAAUGGUAACACAUAGGAAAUGAAACUAUUUUUUCAGAUGACGUUCGUCUAUUUGAAAAAACAAAUAUACGCGAUUUAAAUCCCAAAAAAUGUUAAUUUCUGUGUAAAUACAUAAUACAAUAAGAGAAGUAUGUUUACUCCGUACAAAGUAACAGAGCGACUCGUACAAAGUAACGAACGCACACAUUCGCAUAAGAAUGAAAGGCGCGUCGUGACGACCAGUAUUAUGCAACGGAAGUGCAUCGCGAGAGUAUGCGAAUGUGCUACGUUUGUAUGGAGUUAUCACACUUGUCUUAUUAUGCUAUGGUAAUACUUUGUAUAUUAUUUUCGAUGUAUUUUCAUAGAGGUCAAUAAAGUUUCGAUUUGUUUAUUGCUGAUACUGUAUAAUAGCAACCCAGAGGUUGUCUAGAGUUCGCCUAUAGCCCCAGAAGCAACAUAAAAAUCAUAAUAUUGUGACACUAACGUGUCAUUGUACUUAGCUAGCGUUUAACAUUUAGUCAAGAAUUUAAAAUUAAUUAAAAUUUUGCGUGCUCGUUGAUCCAAUGUAGAUAUUUAUUUUUGUUAUAUUGUAAUGUACCCCAAAAUUAUAGUUAUCGAUACAUACUUGAUUGAAUUUAAAUGUAAAAGUUAACAUCUGGAUCAUAGAGUAAUAACAUCUGCAUCAUUAAGUAAGAGGUACCCAAUGCAUGUUUCCAUUUUACCAAGUAAGAAUAAUCCCUUUUAAGGCAUUUAUUUAAACUGUGUGUAGUAGAAGUAAGUUGGGAG